AUGUCCUCCAUUUUCGACACAUCCUACGACUCUCUCCCCGACAAAAAGCGCGUCUGGCUAGGCACUCCAGGAAGUCGCGAAGAGGGACUAGGCAGACUGGCAAUCAUAACACCCGACAUCGUCGCCAAAGCCGCGUCGCAGGAGAUACGCACAGGAAAACGCGUGACCCUGAACUGGGAGCUCACCAAACUCGAAACAGCAGCUUUCAACCGCCAGCCAUGCGAACAUAAAAUCGUGCCGUUGUUGGACGGGUUCGCGUUCGACGACAUCUACACAUUCAAUCCACAGCAGAGCAGUCAAUGGGAUGGGCUGAGGCACUUCUCGCAGCCGAUUCCAGGAACGGAAGGGAAGAACGUAGAGGACCGCGUUUUCUAUGGCGGGACGACGGCCUCGGAGAUUCUGGAUAGGAAGAAUGAUCGCAUUGGACUGCAGCACUGGGCGAAGGAAGGCAUAGCAGGGCGCGGAGUGUUCAUCGACUACGCGGCAUGGGCGGAAAAGAAAGGCAUCCAGUACUCCACGUUUUCUACACAUGAGGUCAAACUCGUGGAUAUCGAAGAGAUAGCGAAGGAAUGUAACAUCACCUUCCAAAAAGGCGAUAUCCUCUUCGUCCGGAUCGGAGUCACGAAGGAAUGGGACACCAUCAUGACGCUGGAACAGAAAUCUGCUUACGCCUCGUCACCCUCGCCGCAGCAUGCCGGCGUCGAAGCAUCGCAGGAUGUGCUGCGCUGGAUAUGGGAUAACGGGUUCGCUGCAGUAGCUGGCGAUGCUAUCUCCUGGGAAGUGUAUCCGCCAAAGGAUUCGAAUCUGUUCCUGCAUGAGUACUUGCUAGCGGGGUGGGGCAUGCCGAUUGGGGAAAUGUUCGAUCUUGAGGAGUUGAGUCGGCUGUGCGCCGCUGAAAAAAGAUGGUCGUUCUUCGUGGCUAGUACGCCGCUGAAUAUGCCAGGUGGUGUGUCCAGUCCACCGAAUUGUAUGGCGAUCUUCUGA